AUGCGUUAUGCGAAAUAUCUCGGUUUUCUGAACGUUACUACAGCCUUGAUCUAUUAUUAUUACAUAUUCGGAAAUGUAAUCGCCGCUGCCGACGAUGAUUCUAACCGCAAUUUUGAACGCAUGUACAAAUGGAGAAAUUUACAAAAAGGCUUCCAAGAGGCGAAAAUCUACAAGAAACCGAUAUUUCUACUAAUUCACAAACCGGGUUGUCCGACUUGCGAGAAAUUGAAGCCUAAAUUCACCAACUCGAUCAAAAUUCUCAAUCUUAGCCAGUAUUUUGUUAUGGUGGGUAUGAAGAAAGAUGAGAUUCCCGCACAAGACGAAGCAAAAUUUCAACCGGACGGAACUUACGUUCCAAGGAUUCUCUUCUUCACUCCGGAUGGCGAAUUUAUGAAAGAUGUUUAUAAUCAUCAUCAAAAAGCCGAUGAUAAAUAUAAAUAUUUCUACAAUAGUACAAGCCAAAUAAUAGAUAGUAUGAUUUUGGCAUUGGCACAUGUUCCGAAGAACGAUAUUCUUGAUGAUAAACAGAGAUGA